UUUAUAAAGUUCUAUAAAUACUGACAAAUUUCCAUAUUACUUCCAGCCACUAUUAUCAGCAGUAACCAAUCAUGUCAACCCUUUUAUUUUAUCUUACAAUUGGCGUCUGUGUUGCAUCAAUUGCAGCAAUUGAGUGCGACGUAAAGUCAUACCAUCCAGCUGUACCAUACGGAUAUCCUCAACAGAUUUUUUGGGAUAAUCGAACCAACUCUAUCUUUUUCGCUGAUGCAAGCGCUCCAAAAGGUUCCGAUUCUUUACAUCGUUUUGAUUGGGACAGUAAGACGUUAUACAGCGCAAAACUUACCGAUUCUGUGGAAACAGUAUCAUUCAUUCUACCAGUUCAAUCGUCGCCCAGCAUAUUAAUUGCUGGUCAAGGUCAAUCGAUUCUUCGUGUACAAUGGGACGGAGUUUCUCGAGAGGCUAAAAUUAUCGAUGUCAUUACAACUUUCAGCCCAGGUGAAAAUAAUGCUAUUGACAGAGGAGCUACCUCGCCAGAUGGAACUGUAUUUAUGUCCGUUAUACCAUCAACAUAUUGCAAAAAGAACGUUGACGGUUAUCCUGAAUCUUCCAUUGUGUAUCUGGAUCUCGGAUCUCGAUCUGCAAGAAUCAAAAGUGCUUUGAAGCCAGGAACUUACUCAAAUGGAAUUUAUUUCGAUGCCAAGACGGAUAUAUGCUAUGUUUCCAAUGAUUGCACUGCUACUGUAACUGCAACCAAAUGGAACCGCAAAAGCAAUACGUUAGAAAAUAUAAAACCGAGCUAUAAGUUCGAUCCUGCAACGGCCAGAACAGAUUAUCCUGCAGGGCUUACCGUCGAUCAAUGCUCCAACUUCUACGUUGGUGACUUCAAUUCCGGUCUCGUUUAUCACGUUAAUUCGAAAACUAGCGAACUUAUAAGGAAAUAUAAAGUUCCUGGAACGCAUGUAACCUCAGUAGGAUUCGUUGGACCGAACCUGGAUUACUUGUGUGUAGUUACUGGUAGAGAAUACCACGAUUCUUAUGGUGGUUCGAAAUCAUCUUCACUAAAUCCUGGCGAUGGAAACCUUCACUUGAUUCCAAUUUCUCCAGAAUGUUGUAACAACGGUUGUAAGGGACACCCUGGUGUACCAGUUUGCGGCCUUUAAACGAUCCAUAAUUUUGCUUGACUUAUAUUCGAAUUUAACAUUGUCUCUUCAAAUAAUCAUUCGGUUAAGUCUACUUUUGCUUUUGU